AUGAGCUUUCGUGUACCACUAAAACGGUGUGACAAUGGGUUUAUCCCUACAUAUAUUAAAUACUUAUUCACUAGUGGACCCCAACCCGACAAGCCGGCACCUGGUCCCCAAUCUCCUGCACCUUGCACCUUAAUCUACACAACCAAAGACGCAGAUCUCGUGAAAUGGAUCCACAAGAUUGCCCUGGGUCGCAAACUAACGCACAUCUACAUCACACACGGCCACGGGGACCACUUCUUCGGCAUCCCCGUCAUCCACACCCACUUUCCAGAGGUCAAAGCUGUAACCACCACCCGCGUGCUCGAACACAUGAAACAACAGGCUGAGCCGUCGGUUUACGCGGCCACAUGGGAAGCGCGUUUCCCCGGCCAGGCCUACACCCCGCAGCUGAGCGUGCUCGCUUCUCCGCUGCCGCCGGAGAGUCACCGGUUUAUGUUGGAGUAUCGCUACGUUCUGCAGGCGGUCGAGUGUGGGCACUCGGAUGCCUAUGAUUUGACGGUCCUGUGGGUUCCAGACCUGAAGCUGGCGGUUUGUGGGGAUGUGGUGUAUGGGCAGGUGCACCAGAUGCCGUUGGAGGCUAACACUAGGGCGAAACGGGAGGGCUGGAUACUUGCGGUGGAGGUGGUCGAGGCGUUGGGCCCUGUGUAUGUGGUUCCUGGUCAUAAAUUGCCGGAAGAUAUGGAUGGGGUUUGGCAUCUUGCUGUGACGAAGAGGUAUCUUGUAGAUUUUGGGAGGAUCGCGGCUGGUAACCCUGAAAAUCCUAACGAGGUGUUCGCGCGGAUGAUGGAGUUGUAUCCGGAAAGAUUCAAUCCUGGGGCUCUCAGGCUGGGCGCUGUUGGGUUGUUCCAGGUCUCCGAGAGAGUAUCAGCUCUAGGGUGGUGA